AUGUCUGAUAGAGAGUUUACCAGUAACGAUGACCUCUCACUCCCUAAAGCUACGGUUCAAAAGAUCAUAACCGAGAUCCUGCCCCCAUCGUCAGGGCAAAACUUCGCCAAAGAUGCGCGGGAUCUUCUUAUCGAGUGCUGUGUCGAGUUCAUAACUCUGAUCUCGUCCGAAGCAAAUGAAAUUAGCGAAAAGGAAGCCAAAAAGACGAUUGCUUGCGAACACAUUGAGAAAGCGCUUACGGAUCUUGGAUUUGGAGAUUAUGUGCCCGAUGUAUUGGCCGUGGCGGAGGAGCACAAAGAGCAGUUGAAGUCCCGCGAGAGGCGGACAAACAAAAUCGAGCAGAGCGGGAUGUCUGAGGAACAACUUUAUCAAUUACAGCAAGAGCUUUUCAGGUCGGCUGGUGAGAAAUAUCAUGCAGGUAGUUAA